AUGUUCCUCGCCGCCAAAUAUGUGUACAAGAAGGCGAAAGCCAGAAACACAAACCAUGGCGUCGAAUUUGUCACCACCAGGUCCCAUGGCGACGAGCCAAAGGACUUGACAGAGCCGACAGAGCCGACAGAACCGGCAGAGCCGACAGAAGCAGAAGCAAAGGCAAUGCGCAUCUACCGUAUCAAACUGCUGGCUGCCCUCUUCCUGCCUUAUUUCCUCGGCACGCUGGACUUUACCAUCGUGGCGACGGCAGUGCCAUAUAUAGCCUCACAUUUCGACAAAUUCGACCAACUCAACUGGGUCGUAACGGCAUACACGCUCACCUCGACAACCUUCAUCCCCGCCUUUGGCCAGCUGGCAGACGUCUUCGGUCGCCAUGUUGCCCUCCAGCUGGCCGUCUUCCUCAUGCUGGUCGGGAGCGUGCUGUGCGCCGCGGCGCAGGACUGGGCUAUGCUCUUGUUCGGACGGGCAGUGCAGGGCGUCUCCUCGGCGGGGAUUCUCAACAUCAUCAUGGUCGUCUUGGUAGAUCGUGGCUCGCUGGCGGAUAAUGCGAAGAAUAAUUCCUUCUUUGCUUUGGUCGGGGGGGUGGCAUAUUCUGUUGGACCGGUUAUGGGCGGCUAUUUGACGAGUGCAAGCUGGAGGUACUGCUUCGUUAUCGCUAUUCCAAUUUCUGUGCUCUCCCACAUUCUGAUCUACCUCCUCCUCCGUCACGACCUGGUAGAAGGCACCCAUUUCAAGAAAGGCUCUCGUCUGUCCUCCAUCCUCCCGGCCCUGGCCACCCUCGACCUCGUGGGCAUGACCCUCUUCGUCUUCGGCGUGGGCCUGAUCAUCCUCGGCACCGCCUGGGGCGGCGCUACCUACCCAUGGACCUCGCCCAAGGUGGUGGCUCCAAUCGUCGUCGGGGCCGUCUGCUUCAUCCUCUUCUUCGUGUACGAGUACCUCCUUGAGCCGGGCAGGGUCUUUGCGCGGAUCUUUCCCCGACAGACGCCCAUGCUGCCCUAUAGCAUCUUCUCCAGGAUCGAUACGCUGUGGCUUGCAAUCCUGCAGUUUGCAACGGGAGCAGCCAUGUUUUCCGUCUUCUACUUCAUCAGCAUUUUCUUCAUCCUGGUCGAAGCGUGGCCUUCGUCCAAAGCCGGCGUGUCCUUGCUCUACUACAUUCCAGGACUGGGAGCUGGUGUCUAUUCGGCCGUCUUCCUGUGCAACGUCUGGCCUAGACAGACCUUCGUUCCCCUCGCCUUCGGCACGUUUGCCGAGACAAUCGGCCUCGCUCUGGUGACGUGGGCCAUCCACUCCGAGAGCCUACCGUUGAUCAAGGGGAUGCUGGCGCUCGCAGGCGCAGGCACGGGCAUCCGACUGAUGCCCUCCACGCUGCACGUGGCCGGGGUGUGGCCGGAGCGGAUCGCGGCGGCCAUGUCGUUGAUGCGGUUCGCGAUGCCCUUUGGCGGUACCCUGACAUUAACCAUUAUGGGGAGUGUCUUCAACAACAAAUUCGGGGCAGCAGUUAGUAGUCUCACCAAUACUACUACUACCACCAGCUUUAAUGCGGUAGACACCUCCUCCCUUUCCUUCAUCGACGAUUUACCGGCUGCUGAACAGGCGGUGGUUCGCGCCGCAGGCAAGCAGGCCAUCGUCUGGGCCUUUCUUGCCAUCAUGCCCAUCAUGGGCAUCAGUCUGGUUACAGGCUGGUUUAUUGGCAACGUGUGGAUCAAGGGAAGGGGACAGAAGCACAGCGAGGUGAUUUAUGUGCCGUAUUUAUAUGCAUUGCUUAAGGGGGUCGACUCGAAGCAGAUCACAGAGGCUGUAUAG